CACCUGUCCUGCUCUGCCAGCAUCCGCAUCGCCUGCGACGAUCGCCACUGUCCCAGUCCGCGCCGCCAGCUACGCUCCCGGAGGAUCCACAAGCAAGCAUCGAGACAUCCCGGCUCGCCUCAACCCAACACCGGCAUCCCCUCUGCUCUCCCGACGCAUUCCGACCACCCGAGCCAACAGCACCAUGUUCCGAUCACUGCUGUCGCUGCGAUCGCCGAUCCUGGCCCACAAAUCAUCGUAUCUGGCACCUGCUCGUCAGCUGUCUUGCGCACGUAUCCUGCGGCAAGAAGAUUCGUCGGUGCCGCCACUUCCCGCAUCCAGCUGUGCGAAAGGAACAGUGAUGAAGGGAUUGAAUAUCCUCAAGGACGGCAAGGAUCCCGUGGCCAAGGACGACUCGGAGUAUCCCGAGUGGCUGUGGCGCCUGCUUGAUCCAAAAACCCCACCCACCGAGCCCCACGAGCGAUACAGCCGAAAGAACCUGCGCAAGCUGCAGAAGGCCGGUAUCAAGCUGCACAACAAAUCCAAGAAGUAACACUGCAUUCCGCUGGGAAUAUACUCGCAUGGCAAUAUUUAC